AUGACUUUUAAGGUAGCCCUCUCGGUUGCCAAACCUUCGAUUAAUCCCCUCGAGCGCCUCAGGCUUCGAAGGCGGUAUGGACGCUGCCGAGCCGCCACCAUAGUCACAGGUCAGUCCUUAACGGGGAGUUUGGCUCAGACCAACACGUCAACCCAACGUCCGUUGAUUACUGAACAGCUGUCAGGAUGUGGAGGUACAGGCAGCCUGGCUUUGCCCUGCACCUGCUUCAUGAACUGCAGAAACAGCAGCGAAAUGGCCUACAGUGUGACACACUGCUUCAGACUGAGGGAAGACACUCAGAUCUCACUAAAGAUUAAACUAAAGAGGAGAAGAAAAGGAUCACUAUGGGAGAUUAUAAGCGUCCAAGAGGAGAGCGGAGCUGAUGGAUCCUCUGCUUCAGGGACGGGUCAUGCCAGCCCAGGACAGACACAGAGCCACAGUAAGGAUGGUUUCACACGCACACAGCCGCCAAGGAACUGUCCUGAGGUUCUUCUGAGCCCUUCUCCCACAGUCUCUCGUCAGGAUCUUGCAACUGUAACACUCACACCUCCCUUAGACCUGACUAUGUCUCCUCCUGCCACCCCUGCUAAGAAUGCUUCAGAGCAGUCUGGUCUCCAUAACCACGAAACAGUACCUCACUCCUCCCAUAUACAAAUGCCACCUGCGUCACCAGUUAUGCUCCAAGCCGAAGAGUCUGAUGAGCAUAUUGCAAGGAUUUUGGAGGAUAUGGUUAUGAUGGGCCUAAACAUCUUGCCAUCAGUGCCGAUGGAUAGAAACAGCAGCUUGCAUCAUCAGAAUGAGAAACAUGAAUCACCUGAACCACACCUGGACCCAGAAACGGGGCAGUGUGACACUGUUGAUGCAGCUACUGCUCCCUGCUUUUGCUUGCAUGGAAAUAACCUAGGCCCUGGGGAUCCUGUUGUUGGGAAGAUGCCGCCUAUAACAGGUUCCUCUGCACAAGGAAAAGCAGGGCCUGAGAGUCCUGGUUGUGAGAGCCAAUCUAAAUUCGAAACAACAGAGCUUAAGAAUGUGGCAACAACUGCAGGUGACCCAUCGUUACUUGAUAAUACUUCUCUAUCUGCUACGUCCCAGAAAGAUGUUGAUCCAUCUUUCAUAUUGCCAUGCACUGCGUCAGAGAAAGUGCUACUGUCCAGUCUUCCUUUUGGUACUGGAGAUAUUGAGAUGCCACAUCAAAAUGUAGCCGAGUUGAAGCACGUGUUAGAUAAUCUCUUUUGGACUGCAGAUCAUUUUGUGCAGUCAGUGAAACAAACUAAAAGUGAGACCAGUGAAGGUCGUCAAUGGAAUUUACAAACUUCAGGAGCAGCCACAAGCAGUGCAGCACAAGAUGCUCCAGAUAGAGUGAGCACACCCCUACAAACUGCCAGUGACACAGCCAGUUCAGCAGCAGGAAAACAAUGUCCUGAAGCUGUAAUUUGGAGGGAUCCUAAAGUUCUUCCAGAUCAUUUACCUCAUACAACACAUAAGGUCACUGGUUCUGCUGAUGGGAUGGAUUUAAAUGAGCUGAGACUGCCCAGAUGUCUUUCACCUCUCGUGUCAGAAGAGGGAGAGACUGAUGGCUUUACCCAGGAAUGUCUAAGCCAAGUGACCGUGUCUUCAUCACUUUCUGCAUCAUCUGUCACUUUAAAACCAGCUUUGAAGUACAGGAUUUCUUCUCGCCAGGCACAAUCACUUCCAGGCAAAACUGGCCAGCAGAACCAAACAAAUGCUCAUUGUCAUGUAACGCAGAAGGCAUCUUCAUCCAGUCAUAGUUCCAAACUAGGCUCAUGCAGUUCCAGGUCAGUUAAAGAUCAUAUGGAAGACACCAGUGAGGGCAUAUUAGGACAGGUAAUGACCCAGAGUCUUGAGAAUCAGAUGUUUGGAGAGUCAAAAGACAAUGAACUGGACAGGCAGAUAGGAGAGUCAGAAGUCAAGAGAAUAUCUACAAAAAAGCACAGAGUUGAGGCUGGGAUCAGUGGGGCAAAUAUGAAAAAAUGUAAGAUGUUUCAUAGUGACUCAGAAGGAAUUGAUACACAAACAGUUAUGAUCAUGACACCUAGCAGUGGAAAUGGAGAGGCUGUUGAAGACAUCAGUACCACACAACUCGGCGAUUACCCUUGCUCUAGGAAAAUAUAUUGGCUGAGGGCUGGCAACACUGUCAACCAUGUAUCAAAGGAUCAGAAAUCCACGAUUAAGUUAACAGAAUUUCAGACAAAUGACUCUAUCAAGAGGGAGGAUCGAGAUAAAUGCACCCACGACAAGGACAAAACAGAACCUGCUAUUUCUGUGGCAAAACGUGGACGUGGAAGACCCCCUAAAAAAAGAAAUCAUCCUGCAGACUUUGUGCAAAACCUGAGCAAGGAAAAGACUUUGAACAGCUUAUCUGUAGAUACUAGGGCUUCCACUUGUGCUGGCAAAGAUGAAGUGCUUUCAAAAUGGAGCAAAACAAACAGUGGAUGUGUACAGAAUGAAGGACAUGAUCUGGUAAAGGAUAAAGAACAAGUGGUUUGUCUUGUAGCAAAACGUGGACGUGGGAGGCCCACCAAAGGAAAGAAACAGGCUUUAGUCCUUACACAAAUGGUGAGCAAUUCAAAUGAUUUUGAUGAACAAUCUACAAGUCUUACAGCUUCCACUUACGCUGAGCACCAAGAUUUGCAGAAGGCAGAAAGCAAGAUGACCAAUGGGUGUGAAGACAAUAAAGCGCAAGGGUCUGAAAUGCCAAAUGCCUCGGUAGAGUUUGAGGAAGUGAUUGCUGAUAUGAACUUGAACAAGGAAGAAGCCAAACAACCCGAUGUGAAUGCUAGACAAGCUAAAAAAACAAGUAUUGUUGAUCAGGUUUUCCACCAGACCAUUUUUAGUUUUGGAACCAGUGUCGCUGGGCAUUUCCCACCCAUUGGUCAGCAACUAAGUGCAAGUUUGUUGAAGACCGAGAAUUCUCAGAAGACUAAAAGGAAAAUGAUCACUGGUCCACCACUAACUGAGAUCAUUAAGAAGUUCAGAAAGCUCACUGACAGAGAUCACGUGAGGGGAAGAAAGUUGGUGAUUGUCGACAAUGAACGGGAAGAGAGAGAGUCAGCUGGAAAAGGUAAAAUGGAGACAAGAGUGGAAGUGAAUUAUAAAGCAGGGGAAGUUCAGGACAAAAAUGUGGAUUCAAAAAACACUAACAACGAUCGCUUGAAAAUGCCAUCUGAAGAUGGAAAUGGCUUGACUGAAAACUCAGAAACAGAAAUGGGUACGAACUCAGCAGACAAAAUAUCAGACGCUGGCAUUGCUUCCGUUCACCCUGCCUUAUCCAGUCACAAGUCUCAUUUGUAUACUGUCCCUUUGGCAAGCAACUUCGGCAGUAACUGUGAUGUGGUUUGUGACCCUCAAAGUACAUCAACCAAAAUAUCUGAAAGUAUAGAGCUGACAUUGGACAGGACUGAAGAUUUCCAUCAUAAAGCAACUGCAAACACACACAUUGUUCACCCAAAAGCUAACCAGGUUUGGAACAAUGAGAAAUUGAAAGGGAAUACAGAAAUGGUAGCAGUUCAUAUGGUGGAAAUCCCCUCAAAGAAGGACAAAUCACAAGGAGCUGAGAGAAAUGAUGUUGAGGUAGAAAUAAUGGAAGGAAGUGCUCCAGUUGGUGCAGGUCACAGAGAGCAGGCAGCUAUGUCUGCUGAAAAGACUGAUGCCGAAGAAAGUUUCGACGUGACUAAUGGAGAGUCUGGUACUUAUGAGGAGGACCCAGGGGAACUGCAGCUUCUUCUGAGUGACGUUGAAAUCAUGUCAUCAGAUGAAGCUUUAACAAAAGCAGAUUCACAAGCAGUCACAGCCACAGAAGCACUUUCUGUCCCGCUUGAAGAAAAGCCUGAGCAGACUGAUCUCAGCAGCGAGGAUCUCACAGCAGUGAUUUCAGUUGGAGUGAACGUUGAGAAUGAGGCCCAGGAUUGCGAUGAAGACGAGGAGGUAGUUGUGGAUGAUCUCUUGAGUUAUCAUGGUAUUUUGCCACAAUCUUCAUCAGUUCGAGAAACAAUCACUGUUCUAACGGAGGAGGAAGAUGAAUUGGAGGAAGAAGAAGUUGAUGUAACUGGAGAGGACACAAACUGAACGCUUCUUAAGUAGAAGGCUGAGUCUCUUCCCUUUAUACCAUAAAAUUUGAGAGUCCACGGCAAAUCUUUGAGAUUUUAUGAGUUAAUAAGUUAAUCAGUUUGUUGCAA